AUGGCUAAACGACAAGCGAUAGAGGCAGUCGAUCGUACAUUCCAAGACAUUAUAGGUGUUAGUCUCCCAUUUGGUGGAAAGAUAAUGGUUAUGGGAGGUGACUUCAGACAGGUGUUGCCAGUUAUUAAACGUGGCACUCGAGCACAGAUUGUAGACUCCAGCGUACGAAUGUCACCUCUUUGGUCUUUGACUAAGAAGAUCCGGUUGACCAUAAAUAUGAGAGCGCUAAAAGAUCCAUGGUUUUCUAAAUUUCUUUUAAGAGUCGGCGAUGGAACUGAAGAACCAAUCGAAGGAAACUAUAUCCGCAUACCCGAUGACAUGACAAUUCAGUGCAACAACAGAGAAAACGCUAUAAAAGAAUUGAUCCAUGCCAUCUUUCCAUCAAUUGAAGAUAAUGUAUAUUCUUCAGAUUAUAUAAUCUCUAGAGCAAUAUUGUCCACUAAAAAUAAUAGUGUUGACGAGAUUAAUAAUCAAAUGAUUGAAAUUUUUCAAGGGGAGGAAAAAGUUUAUUACAUUUUUGAUGAAGCUGAAGACGAUCAGCGCAACUUCUAUCCGGUCGAGUUCUUAAACUCGCUAAAUGUUAGUGGUUUGCCGCCUCAUAAGCUUCGUUUAAAAAUUGGAUGCCCAAUAAUAUUGUUACGUAAUAUCGAUCCAUCACAUGGCCUGUGUAAUGGCACGCGGUUGAUAUGUAAGGGUUUCAUGCGAAAUGUUAUUGAUGCGGAAAUGCAGUCGGUCAACAUGCCGGAAAAAGAGUUUUUUUUUUGCCAAGAAUCCCUCUAA